AACAAAUGCACAACUUGUUUGACACAAACAAUGACAACUUGACUGCUGUUAGAGAAUGUUUCCCAGAUAAUUAGCAUCAGUUUUUCAUGAGUUUUACAGCCUGUUCACGGACAACACCUGCUCAGAACAUGUAGUCUAGGCCUCGUUAUAUUUUCACACGAUGACUGAGAUUUUGUCACAUUAAAUGCAUCUCUCUCUCCAAAUAGGCUUAAUAAUUUUAUAAGCAACUGCUUUGCAACCAAAUUAAGCUUUAGCUUACCUUGUUACCUGAAACUAGGGAAGUGUUGUUGACUUCAAGAUCUUUUAAAUAAUAAUUAUAACACUUGGUAUUUCAUGUUGUUGUGUUUUAGAUUUCAGCAUUUGCAUAUUUACAGGGAACCAUUUUCUCUUUCUUUUUUGUACCACUGAGGGCUGGUGGUCUACGAAAUUUCCCGGUAGAUUUUUUUGGUCCCACUCCGCCCCUGACAACUGAAUAUAUAAAGUUAUAUACUAACCUACAGAUUACUGAAUUUACAGAAUUUUCACUUAGCACAUUGUGUACAAGAUUUUAACGUAUGUUAUUUACUAGUUUGUGCAAAUUCAUUUAAAAGUGUCUGACAUUUUGCACCUAAAUAUUUUAGACAGACCCAACACAUAAAGGCAAUGUUAACCAAGAAGAGUAACAUUAUAGUCUGGGUAAUGUUGGUUUUGUAACCUGUAUCUCUCAUAACGUCUUUGUGAGAUGAUGAAAACAGUAAAAAAAAACGGGGACAAAACACUGUAUGUGUAUAUAUGAAUGAUGGGUGUGUCCAGGAAUUGAACAGGCGUAGCAUAUAAAGACAGAUUAUUAGAAACUGUACAAUAUGCAACAAGUAAAGAGGUACUGUGGGUGGGGCAAAACACAACAGCUUAAAACCUUUCCGCUGAACUUAUUGCCCUCUGCUGGACUUUUAUAUGUCUUGUACAGUUGCUCCUAUAAAAAAUGUGCAGAGUGGAAAAGUGUUGUCAGAAGUGGGAUUCGAACCCACGCCUCCAGAGGAGACUACGACCUGAACGUAGCGCCUUAGACCGCUCGGCCAUCCUGACUACUUUUGCUUGCAGCUGCACAUGCGCACAAAUUGCUAAACUGAACAACGACGACGUCUUCAUGACGUAUACAGCCUGCAAAUGAGACCUCUGAGAAACGGCUAUAGGAACGAAUGCUAACAGCUAAACAUGAAAACAGACACGGAAACCGAGAUAUAAUAGUGUGUUGACAUGUCGGAUAUGUCGUAAAAAAAAAAAAAUAAUAUUGAUCAAAUACCGCUAUGAAAACUCGAGAUCGAGUUGAGUUGGAGGCGUGUCUUUGAGAAACAUGGCGGAAUGCGUGUAUUUGACUGUAAUUCAUUUAAAACGUUACGUUAUACCGCCAUCUUGCAACGAGGAAAGGUACUGAACCGAACGCACCUGACGUCGUAAAUGUAAUUUACCAGCUCGUAAAUAAAUACCUGAGGAACCUAGGAUUGAUUUAGGCAAAGUCGUUCCUGGAGUGCCGACGUCCUGCAGAUUUGAGCUCCAACCCUGAUAAAAACUUGCCGACCUGUAGAUUUCAGGUGACUCUUUAGAUUUUGGUUAGUUGUUCAAGUGCUUGCUUGCUUGAUUAGAGCUGAUUCGAUAUACUACUGAUUCAAUACAUCGGGAGCUAGGGAACGGAUUGAGACACAGCCCUGAGUUUUACAUCCUGGGUUUAUUAAAUUAUUGACGCUUGCUAUUUUUAAGGAUUUGUCAUUUAGUAACAAUUCGAGGCCUCAUUUGCGUACUUACAGAUGUCGUAUGGGUGUAUUAUUAUGUAGUAUGUUUGUAUGUUCUUAUGGAGUAACUGUGCAAAAACGUUUGGCAGCGGUGGGAUUCGAACCCACGCCCCCGAAGAGACUGGAGCCUUAAUCCAGCGCCUUAGACCGCUCGGCCACGCUACCUGUUGACGUGCGUGCGUCAUGACCUCACUUACGUACUUGCGUAAGCUUUUUUUUACUGAUAAUGAAGAUGAUAUAAUGGCAAUUUCCACCCGACACAACAGAGCAUAACUUUAACGUUAAAUGUGUGUUUCUGACAUGAAUAAACACUUAAGGGGUAUAAAAGAGCAUUUGAGUACUGCAAAGGCGCAAGUUUGAUUUUGACAUUAAAUUGCCAGGCAGAGAGGACCAGCCUAAGUUACCAGCUUAUGCUUAUGCAUAGUUGUAAUAUAUUAUUUCAACAAAUGUUAUAACAGAUUUUGAUGAGUAAUAUAUGAUUUUUUGUUAAUUGGCAUUUAAAAAAAACAUCUGUCCCGACCCAAGUCACCCGACUUUGCAGGUGGUGGAGGUGGGACAUUUUCAAGUUGACUGGAUGAAGUUAGUAGUGCUAGAUGAAAUACGAUUAAUAAUAAAUGCAGUGAUUUGUGUAGUAUUGCACUGUUAGAUGAAGCCUCGGUUUGACCGUAACGUACCCGGCUCUUUAACGGAGCAGCUGGUUGAGAUCAAUAUUACUGACUGAGGAACAGCUGUCUCUCACACUUUCAUUACUAAGACAAUGUAAAAUAUUCUCGUUUAUUUAAGGCGACAUGUUUCACUAUAAAAACGUGUAUUUCACAGAAUUGUGGUUUAAUACCUUUGUUUCAGUACUUGCACUUCAUAAAUAAACGAAUAAAUAGGAAUAACUUCUGGAUAAGUGCUGCAUUUAUCUUUAAAUUAAAAAUUGUAAGUGUUCGUCAGUGUCUGUUUCUCAUUGACUGAAUGAAAUGAAAAGCUCGCCCGGUUCUGCUAAGAGAAAGAAAGGAGGUGAUGUCUGUCUGUCUAUUGUUCAUCAGAGGUAACAGACGCGUGUGCGUGUGUGCGCGCGCCCGAGGGUGUGAACACUCAUCCCGGGACAAAGACAGCGAUGCUGAGAUCGAGUCUGUAAUGAAAGAUCAUUGAGUGAACUGUUAUUAACAAGAAGAAGAUCUGUCAGCUUUAUUGUUUUAUUUUUGUAAUGAUGAUGAUUAAACUAGUGAUGUAUAUCAUGAGUGUGCUCGCGUUAUGGAAGUCAGCGGGCGGCACGCGGAGCUGUGAAGAGUCACGCCGGGUGUACGGAGAGAAACACAAACUGAACACAGCCCCACACACACAUAUCAGCGGAGAACAUCUGCGUGUCUGCUCACAGGACUACACCUGCUGCUCCAGCUUGAUGGAGGACACGCUAGCAAAUCAGAGCGAGGCUAACUUCCUGUCGGCGGUGCAGGACAACACUCACUUCCUGCUGACAACCUUUAAUCAGAGACACAAGAAAUUUGAUGAGUUUUUUAGGGAGCUGAUGGAUGUGGCAGAAAAAUCAAUGGAUCAGAUGUUCACACAGACAUACAGGCAUCUGUACACGCAGAAUGCUCAGAUGUUUCGCCAGCUGUUUGCAGAUCUGCGCAGCUACUACACAGGUGGUCGAGUGAAUCUGGCCGAGGUUCUGGCAGAUUUCUGGGCAGGACUAGUAGAGCGCAUGUUUACUCUGGUUAACCCUCAUUAUCAGUUCACUGAGGACUACCUAGAAUGUGUCAGCAAGCAUACCGAUCAGCUGCAGGCUUUUGGAGAUAUACCUCAUAAACUACGUAUACAGGUGUCGAGAGCAUUGAUUGCGGCGCGGGCGUUAAUUCAGGGUUUAGGUGCAGGCAGAGAUAUAGUGAGCAAAGCAACUAGGCUGAAUGUAGGAGUGGAGUGUGUCCGGGCUUUAAUGCGUCAGUGGUAUUGUCCGCUGUGUCGUGGAGUUCCCGCCCUCAAGCCUUGCCAUUCGCUGUGUCUCAAUGUCAUGAAGGGUUGUCUGGCCAAUCAGGCUGAUUUAGACUCUGAAUGGAACAAUUUCAUUGAUGCUCUUCUGGUGGUGCUGGAGAAAGUUGGUGGGCCGUUUAAUUUCGAGUUGGCUACAGAUUCAGUCGCAGUCAAGGUGUCUGAAGCAAUAAUGCACAUGCAAGAGAACAGCGUUACUACUUCUGCCAAGGUUUUUCAGGGCUGUGGGAAUCCACGGCCGACCCCUGGCAGAAACAAACGCUCGAGAGAGAGAGAGCGAGCUUUCAGAACCUACAAACCUGAAGAAAAACCAACCACUGCUGCAGGGACCAAUCUGGACAGACUGGUGGAGGAGUUACAAGAGCGUCUUCGGCGCAUGAGGGGAUUCUGGGUAGCGCUGCCUCACACCAUAUGUAACGAUGAACAGAUGGCCGCCGAUGUGACCAACGAGGAGCGCUGCUGGAACGGACAGACUCGCGGCAGGUAUCACCCAUCGGUUAUGGCAGAUGGUUUGGUCAAUCAGAUUAACAAUCCUGAGGUGGAAGUGGAUGUCGCUCGACCGAACGUUAAAACACGACAGUUGAUCAUGGAGCUACGAGUGGCCACAAACAGACUGAGACAGGCGCAGAAUGGACGAGAUGCUGACUUCAUAGACAGUGACGCAGAGGGUUCAAGUGCUUCUGGAAUCGGUGAUGAAGUGGACGAGAGAUUCAGUGAUGAUUGGUCAGGUUACAUCUCGUUCUCACCGCCCCUAAACAAUGCACCUGUUAACAAACAACCCCGCCCACGUGAUAGAGGCCGCCCCCGGGACACGCCCACCAACAAAAGAAACAGGGUGAACGGUCGAGUUCGCUCAGAUGGUGGACGACUCUUUCCUGCUCUCCUCCUCUCUCUCUCUUUAUGUUUAUCACUAUCUCUAUUUCAGUCUCUUGGCCUUUAUUAAAGUUAAUCAAUAACUGCUGACCAAACUAAACUAGUGGCUAUAAACAGAUCAGUCAGCCACCAAACCACCUCAAGUGAAUUAGUUUUUUAUAGAUUUUGUACAUGUUUGUAUUUGUACUCAUUGAUUUGUUUCUUAUCAGGUGAUUUACUGUACGUAAUAUCUCGGCUGAUCUGAGACGUUUCUGUGCUUGAUAUAUUUUUGUGAGGAGUGUUUGUUUUAUUUAUUGAUGAUGUGGUAUUUAUUGUAUUGAAUGUGAUGAGAAUUUAAGUUUAUUUAAAAGUUUGAUGAUUGUUACAGUGUCUUUUUUACGUGUGGACUUUGUAGAGCACAAUCAAAUUUGUACAAUUUGUUUCAUUCAAGUUUACAAAUAAAAUAAUUACAUAGACAA